GGCAGAUGAGAUGCCCAAGCCUCUGACAACAGUCAGAGACCCAGUACCAGGCAGUGUCUGUUCCAUUCCUUCGAUAGGAAAGAGGAGAAAGCACUCCAUCUUCCCUCCUUUCUGUAGCUCUUUUGUGUUGGCUCUAGGAUUAUGUGGGCCAAUCCCAUUGGCACAGCUGCAGUGUAGGAAGGGGGGGGCAAUUGGAGUUGACACUACUUUCUAAAAGCAUCCCUUCAGAGUUUUUCAGUAGGCAGAAGGGACAUGUGUCUGAGACUCUGUACUUUUAUAGUUUCCUAUAAUUUAGUUCCCUGUUUCCGGUAUCAGUGGAGAUGUGGAAUUUGCCAGGAUCCUCUUUGCCAGCUUACCUCAUUUCCUUCUUCCUCCUCCUUCUCCAGCUUCCUUCCAGCUACUCAGGACAAUUCUCAGUGAUAGGACCAGCUCAUCCAAUCCGGGCCUUGGUAGGGGAUGACAUUGAAUUACCAUGCCGACUUUCACCUAGUAAGAAUGCUACAGGAAUGGAAGUGGGCUGGUAUCGCCCCCCCUUUUCUAGAGUGGUUCACCUCUACCGAAAUGGGAAGGAUCAAGAUGGAGAGCAAGCACCUGAAUAUCGAGGGCGAACAGUACUGUUGAAGGAGGCCAUAGGAGAAGGGAAGAUGAUCCUAAAGAUCCAGCAUGUGAGAUUCUCUGAUGAGGGAGGAUAUACCUGUUUCUUCCGAGAUCAUUCAUACCAAGAGGAGGCAGCAAUGGAGCUGAAGGUGGAAGAUCCUUUUUAUUGGAUUAACCCUGGAAUGCUGGUUCUAAUUGCUGUCCUGCCUAUUCUUAUCCUGCAAAUCACUAUUGGCCUUGGUUUUCUCUACAUGCAGCACAGACUGAGAGGUAAACUCCAAGCAGAGAUUGAGAAUCUCCACCGAACUUUUGAUCCCCAUUUCCUGAGAGUGCCUUGCUGGAAGAUAACACUUUUUGUGAUAGUGCCAGUUCUGGGACCCCUCAUUGCCAUGAUCAUCUGUUACAACUGGCUGCAUCGAAGAUUAGCAGGACAAUUCCUUGAAGAGCUAAAAUACCCCUUUUGAGUGAUAUUGGCCUCCCCUUCAAGCACUAGUGAAGAGGAUGACCAGAUUGAUUCUUCACUUGGAGGACAGGUCACUGGCUGCUCUAUAAAAGAGAUGCUCCCUCUAGCACUCUUCUUCCUCAAGAUUCCAUAUCCACUUACUGAAGACAGAAGACAUUCACAUUGACCUUUGUGGAGUCUUUUCUGGAUCUCAGGUCCAAAACAAGAAAGAUUCUUUCUUCUUUCUGUUCUAUUUUACUCCUAACUCCUUUUUUUUGCUCUAUCCUUCUCUAUCUUGUUUCCUUCUGCAGUUUCCUUUUUCUUUCCAUUUCUAUCACUCCCCUUAUUUUUUUUUUUGCCUUUCCUUCACCCUCUUCUCCAACUUGACUGCCAUUUUGGAUAUGCUAUUCAUUCUUUAUAUCCUCAGUAUAGUUCCAAACUCACUUUCAAGAAAUAUCCCCAGAUAUUUCUUUCCAUUCAUCCCUUAAUAUAUAUUGACUUUUUCUUUGUCUUACAAAAUCAAUUUGGACAUCUUUCAUCUUAUAUUUCUAAGCUACCAUGUGACAACUUUUCAGUUUUCAAAAUUUUCCUCCUUCCCCAACAGGAAUGUGUGAUUUUUUUUAAGAUUUAAGAAAUGUAUGUCUAAUGCUUUGUUUGAAUGUCAUCAAACACCUAUGUUUUGAAUGACACAAACAAUGACUAACCAAUAUUAUUGAAUCACAGAGCUUUGAAAGCCACAAUCCCUGACCUUCACCCAAUCUAUUCAAAGCAGAUGUUCUAUCAAUCCUUUAAAAGGAGAUAUCCCACAAUAUCUGUUGGCACUUAGUGCCAUGAAUCCUUGGUCUUUAUUGCCAUGGUGUUCUUCCUUACAAAAACUACCUUUGGAUUUGAAAGACUUGGAAAAGGAGCCUGACUACUGGAUGGAUCUUGAUUCCCCCCCCAAAAAAAAGAAUCUGUGAGCUGGACAUAAGAACUGAGAAAGCAAGACACUUAGAAGCUAGAGAGAAAUGUAAUCAUGGGUUGGAAACACAGUGCUGAGGCAGGACAAGGCUAGUUGCUGAGAGAAAAGCCAUGAGCAUUUACUUCAAUUGCAAGAGGGAAAGCUGCCGUGCCAAGGAUCCACAGCUUAGGGUGAUGCCUACCAGCCAAAGAAUGAUGGCUGAUCUAAUGACCUUCUACAUCCUACCAAGAUUACUUUUCCUCACUAGCAUAAAGUACCAGUUUAUUCCUCUCUUAUCUGUUAUUGUUAAUUUAGGUUUUAUUUACCAACUCUGUUGGCCGGCAGAAAUGCUAAACAGUGUAUUCAAAGCUUUAUACAAACAUAGCAUAAGAGAGAAAAUUUCUUAUUUUAAGGGGAUGUCAAGUUUGGCUUACAUUGGGAGCAUAGGAACUAAUUUAGAACAAUGUGGCAAAACAAUAUUGACCUGCUAUAAGACUGACAAAUAAAUUCAGAAUUCAUAUAUCCCUUUGCUGACUGCUGUCCUUGCCAGUUUAUAAACUAAAAGUAUAUGAAUCCCAAAUUCAAAUGAUGCAAGGAGACCUGGUCUUCUAACGGGCCAAUAUUGCUGUCCAAAAUUAGCUCCUAAGUCCACACUCAGUUCAAACCAAAUUUUCCAUGUUCCCUAGAAUAAGGACUUUUUAUCUCAUCCACUAUUUCAAAAUCUUAGAUAAAGUAUAUACAUGGAUUGAUUUUUCUGCUGGCCAUCAAGAUUUCCUAGCAAAUGAAAUCUAAAUUGAAAAUAACAGAUAAAAAAUUAACCAGUUUGCAUACUCAAUGAAGCUUGGAUAAAGUUUUACAGAAGGUGAAAGAAGUAACCUGAUUUGUUUCAGCUGGUCUCGUUUCCCUGAGCUACAAAUGGCUGGUACUGCCAGUCUUGACUACUGAGCACCGUGAGAUUUCAGCCCAGGAUUAAUGCACACUUUCUGAUAGGUUCUUGUAGUUUAUCUCUCAGCAAGUGCUCCAAACCUUUGCCUCCUCUCUGCCAUCUCAUUCAUCUUUGAGGCUUCUGUGUCUCCUUCCUUCUUGCUCUGUUCUUCAAGCUUUUGACCUUUUACUUCUGGCUACAUAUUCUUUUUCCAAUGAUGGAGUUUAACAUGGGAGUCAAAGUUAUUUUCUGCUGGGUAGUCAAGUUUCUCCCUGAACUCUCUGCUCCAAAGGCAGGUUCCACUUAAUGACUGACCUGAGUUGUUAAGGGAACCUAGUUUUGUACUAUGCUUGAUGAAGAGAAAAUAUGAAUGUCUUAUAUCUUGAGAUCAUAAAGAACUUGCUGUUGGGAAAUUCAGUCAUCUCACUAAAAGAAAACAGAGUCCUCUGCAUCUAACACAUGACACUCCUGUUGAACAAGGACACUUAACUUGGAGUCCAUGAACUAAAAAUAUUAAUAUUUUAAUAAAAGUAUUUCUAUGUAA